GCAGACACGAAUGAUCAGCCCGAUUGUUAUACAUGCUAGAACAGUAGUAAUUGGUGACGGAAAUAUGGUGACGAACAUAGAUAACGAGCCAAAUCCAGUGCAAAUGUGCAAGUGUCAAAUGACAAAGCAAGACUCAAAAGAAAUCUCGAACCAAGAUUUUGCAACUCCUGAUAUUAUAAUUCUAGCAAACAAGGUAGAUGAAUGUACUGUAAAAUUGUUGAAAGAAAACAUUUUGGAAUUAUCUAAUGGUAAAAAUAACAUUAAAAUCGCCGACUUUAUCAUAGAUGGAGGCGUUGACCAGAAUUAUCUUGACGCUGUUCACAGAGGAAUGCAUACCUCAAAAAUAGUCUUUCUUCUACUAUCGGAAGACUUUUUUACUAACACAUGGCCCUACGUUGAGAAGAUGUCAAAUCUUAAUGAUCGACUAUAUUCGAACACACAAUCAGUUAUACCAAUGUACUUACAGAAAUCUAUUAGUCUGCCAAUGGGACUUCGAUCAUUGUAUUGCUUGCAUUUUUAUAGACGAGAUCCUGGUUACACAAAGGCAUUAGAAAAGUUAUUAGGGGAGAUUGUUAAAGCAUAAUCAGCUUUUAACGCCUAUAUUUGAAAUGCCCCUGUUAUCUACUUUAUAUCAUUGUUUGAAAAUAUAACAAUUUUUGAAAGAUUUUAUUUUGUCCAAAAAGAGCACUUGUCUUUUCAAAUUUAUAUCAUAUUUAAAGGUUUUAUUUAAGUAUAUACUUGUAAGAAGAUGUUAUCCAAUCUAAUAGAAAAAACGAUCUCUCAUCGCUCCCGUAUUCUGAUAUGCUUGUGGAAGAUCGGUUUUUUAUUUAUAUUGUAUGUUAUCUGUCUUUGGAUGUUUUACCUGUUGGCUGCUCAACGUGUAAUCGUCUUAAUACAAGUAUAUUGUUAAUCAACUUAUUCUUUUAUUGUAUCAGAUACGCAUAUUUCAGUUUAUAAAUUGUAUUGCAGUGAU